AUGCGCGACACCGUCCGGGACAGCGACGCCGGCUCUGGCCUCCUAUCAAUGAGCGCGCUGUGCUGGGUGGUGAAGAGGAUGGAUCGCCUGACCGGCGACGACCGUCGCAGUGCGACCAGCAUGGACAAGGUCCUCGUUUCGGGGUUGAAGGAGCAGCGGAUUCGGAUGAUGACAUACAGCAAGGAACACGUCGCACGCAGACGGUCAGGCCAUGUCGGAGUUGGUGCCGAUGCCUGUGACGACGACGCCGCGGAGCCCCCUUCGGCAUCCCAAGCAGUCGGUGUCGCCGACACCAGCGGAGAGGCCGGAGACGGCGUCGACAAGGCAGAUGAGGAGGCAGAAAGGGCUGUGGCGAGGACAGCGGAUCAGGAAAAGGAGGAGGAGGAGGAUGACACCGACGAUCAGGAUGAUAACGAGGAGGAUCGUGAGGAGCGUGAGCAGGGGCAUGGGCAGGAGGAGGAGGAGGAGGAGGAGGAGGAGGAGGAGGAGGAGGAGGAGGAGGAGGAGGAGGAGGAGGAGGAGGAGGAGGACGAGGAGGAGGAGGAUGAGGAGGAGGAUGAGGCGGACAAGGAGGCGGCGGCGGCGGAGGCCGUGGAGCAAAGUUUCGGGUCGGUGGAGCAGGUGGCGGAGGGGGAGAAGCAGCAAGAGGGGGAGGAGGAGGUAGAGUUCCCCUGGGUCGAAUUCGAGAUGGAGGAUGUUGAGGGAGCGGCGGCGGUGGCCGUGGAGGGAGCGGCGGCGGCCGUGGAGGGAACGGGUGGGAUGUCGGCGGAUGUUGUGUACGUGCGAGGGGAGGGUGCCGAUGCGGAGAAUGUCGGCGUGGAGGAGGCGCACGUGGUCGGCAAUGUGGUUGGCGACGCGAAGGAGGAGGAUAACGUCGCGGCCCCGACGCCGACGGGCGUGGAGACCACCACAGGGAACGCAGGGGUGGAACGCCGGGGUGGAGCGGUAGAGGCGGGCCGUCAACCGGGUUCCUCAGCAGCUGGUCGGCAGGCAACGCCGGCCGUCGUCGCGCAGCUGCGACAGGAGAACAUGUGGAUGAGGGCAGAAAAUGCUCGACUCGAGACGGCGCUCGGAGUGGAGAGGGGUCGGGUGGACAGGUUCGCGAUGGGGAUUGGCCACCUCGUGGACAAGCUCAGGUCGUUGGCCGACCAGGUCGCCGCCUCCGACCAGGACGCGUCGAGUCGGCUGAUGGACGCGUCCUUGACCAUGGCGACGACCGUGACGGAGAACAUCACCGCCAACAUGGGUGAAGCAUGGGAGGCGAUGAAGGCGUACGCCGAGAGGGCGGAGAGCUGGUUGGACGAUCUAGAGAAUCCGAGGGGUUUAUGGCGGUGCAACGUGAUCGGCCAUCUGGCGCCUGGUCGGCAUGGGUCGUCGCCGUCGGACAACGAGGCCGACAAGAAGGGUGCGAAAAGGGCGGGCGGUGGAGAUGAUGCGUUGAGCUCGAAGCGGAGCAAGGGAGCCGAUGGGAGCCGCGGCGUCGGCCAGGCGGGUCCAGGCGGCUCGCGGGGCAAGGGAGCCGAUGGGAGCGGAGGUACGAGCGUGGUCGACCAGCUGAAGAAGAACGGGGCCAAGGUGAUAAGGACGCACAGCAAGGGCGAUGGAAUCAGGAGUGCGGAGGGGGGCCCUGCCGACCAGGUUGCCGCUCAAGAGGCUGGACCAACAGCCCCGCCAUUGGUGGCCGAGAAGCCGGCCAGUCUAGCGACCGCACCAACGGCGAUAGAUGGCGGCGCCAAAACCGUCAAGGGACCGUCCGUCGGAGUGGCGGGGACCACGUCGAUCCCCCGCAAACCCCCUGCGGCUAGCAGCGCGCCGGUCGCCCCGUCAGCCGCCAACAACGAUGGGCCGUCCCUUGCGGCUACUCCAGCACAAGCAGGCACGUCUGCCGCCAAGGUUGACGCGGUGGAUGCUGCGGCUAACCGCGCUGGUCCGUCCGCCCCAAAGGCGAACGCGCUCAGGGAGAUGCUCGGCCGCAUGGAGACCCAUCGACAGGACUUGCAGCAGCCUCCCGUGGUCGGUACCGCGCCGGCCACAACAGCACGUCGCUCGGUCACUCCCCAGGUCGCCGCCACAACGUCCAGUGCCCCACCUAGCGCGCCUAUCAUCGCCGCCCGUCCUCCUGUGGACCCAAAGUCCGCGUUGCUUCGCGCCCGCUGCACACACACUCGGUGCGGCUACUUCGAGGCGGUGGCGGAGAAGGGCGUGAGUGCAGCGCUAGCCACGGGCGGCAGAUCAGUUGACCCUGCACAGGCGGCGAAGGACCACAACGACGCCGAUAUCGCUGCCAUCCAGGACCUGUUGGAAGCGGUAAACCGCCCCAAGCAGCCCCCUGUGCUGGCCAUCUUGGACUCGGCGAGUCCCACCGGCUGUACAGCGGAGCCAAAGACGACCACUGCUGCGGUCGGAGCGGGAAAGUCGAAACGGAAGGGGACGGUCGACGCAGGGAAAGCGAGGCCGAGCUCGAAGAAGAAAACACGGGCGACAUCGGCGAUGGUGAAGUCGGUGCAGAAAGGACAGGGGAUGUCGACGGCGAUGUUGGAGAAGGAGAAGGAGGAGGAGAUGGAGAAGAAGGAGGAGGAGGAGAAGGAGAAGGAGAAGGAGAAGAAGGAGGAGAAGGAGAAGGAGAAGGAGGAGGAGGAGAAGGAGAAGGAGGAGGAGAAGGAGAAGGAGAAGAAGGAGGAGGAGGAGAAGGAGAAGGAGGAGAAGGAGAAGGAGAAGGAGGAGGAGGAGGAGAAGGUGGAGGAGGCGGAGGUGGGGGAGGAGGAGAAGGAGAAGGAGGAGGAGGAGGAGAAGGAGGAGGAGGAGGAGGAGAAGACGCUGGAGGAGGAGGAGGCGGCGACGGAGGAGGAGAAGGUGAAGGUGAAAGUGAAAGAACGGAAGGGUCAUGGCAUCCGCCACGACACCACGGGCGACAAGCAAGGGUGGGUGGGCGAGAUUAAGGUGGUCGGGAACGAGAGCAGAUACAUCGGCAAGUCCCGCGACAAGAUGGAGCUGGCGUACCUUCACUCGAUUGUGUACCUCCUGUACGACGGUUACGUCAGCAAGAUCCUCAUGGCCGAGCUCACCGGCUUGGAGGAAACAGUGAUGAAGCAGUGGAGGGCGGUGUGGAAGGAAGUCCGGUUCUUGCCGACUGGGAUGUGGACGGUGAUAUGGGCACGGGGCGCGUUCCUCCCCAAGACACGGUUCGAUGAUAUCCUCGGGAAGUAUCGAGCGUACAAGACAUCAGGCGAUGCGCACCACGAUGCGCUUUUGCCCGCGAUCUGGUUCCCCGUCGAUGCCGACAAGUCGGAUGCAAUGAUGUCGGCCAUGAUUGAUCGCGUGUCCAUGUGCGCGGCGUAUGGGAUGGUCGCUGCAUCCGCGGCGAGAAUGGAGGGCGACACGGAUCAGAAGACGGCGAAGGUCGCACAAGCGCUGUCGGCCUCCGCUUGCGCCCUGUGGUGCUUAGUCGAUGGCGACGGCGCCCAGGUGGCUGAUGCCGUCCGCGAAGGGAAGGCGGCGGCGAUGUUGGUCGGCGCCAGCGAGACUACCGCCGCCGAGUUCAAGAAGGUCAUGACGGCGGUGCUGGAGGCCGCGAUCAGCAGGCAGCAACCCCUUGGGGAGGUUGCGCACAACGUCGCACCGGCGCUGGAGUCCACCGCUCUGGCCAAAGCCUAUCCGGGGUUGGAUGUUGAAGCCGAGGCCAAACUGAUCGCACGAGCGACGGUGGAAACCCUCGCGUUCUGGGGAAUGUGCCCCGUGGAUGGGCCGAAACUCAGGAAGAUCGGCAUCGCGGUGCCGCUUGACGCGCAUAUGGAGUACGACAUCGAACACAGGGGGAGGAAGAGGCCGAGGGGCAAGCAGGGCAAGGACAGCUCGGGGAAGAAGGGGAAGAAGGGCAGAGCGGGCAAGGACAGCACGGCGGCGUAG